AUGAUUAAUUUAGAUGAGAAUCAUAUAGAUCCAUUUAUACAAGAUGAAGAUAAAUUAAAACUAGAGGAAUUAAUACCUAGAAUAUUAAUGACUAGGAAAUCAUUCCUUAAUGUAACUGAAGAAUCAUUAUCUGAAGAAUUAAAAAAUCCAAACUUACAACCAGAAAACAUACAAGAAACAACACAAGAAGAAGAACAAGAUGUUGAUUUAUUUAACAAACAGAAAUUUGAAUUAACGAAGUCAAUUAACUCCGCAUUGAAUGAAACUACAUUAUCACUUGAUUUUAUAUCAUUAUUAAUUGCGUCAGUUAAGCCCAAUGUUGGAAAAUCAACAAUGUCACCACAUUUACAAAAAUUAGUCAAACCAACAAGUUUAAAUCUGGACAAAUUAACCAAGGAUGAGACAACCACAUCAAAAUCUUCAACUAGAAUUGGUCAAGGUUGGAAAAUUGAUUCAUUGAAUAAAAUAAUUACCAUGUUUAAAGAUUCAAGUAUAAGUCUAAGUGAACAAACCAAUAAGGAACAUAAUUAUUGGAAUUCUAUAAAUUUUGUAGUUUCCAACAAUGAAGCAUUAUUUAAAAUUAACGAACCUGAAAAAUCAAUUGGAAUAAAAUAUGGAUAUGGAGAUUCUGGAUCAAGUUAUUAUGAUGAUGGGUUAGGAAUAUUACGUAAGGGCGAGGAUGGGAAUAUUGAAUUCAAGCCGAUUAAUAAACAAUAUAAAGUUAUUGAAAAAGUUUAUAAAUUUAUAAGGAUCAAGAUUUUGAGUUUAAUUGAUGGUGAGUAUCUCAUUACGGGUCAAUCAACAUUCAAAAACACGUUUGACAAUGGAAUCAUUUCAGAUAUUGAAAAAGCGAGGUUCUUUUUGUUUGAAGAGGAUUUGUUUUAUCAAUUGACGAGGGAGUCAAAGAUACUUAUUAAUUAUAACGUAUCUAUUAUUUCAAAUAAGAUUAUAAUUGAGAUUAAUAAUGAAAUAAUCGAGAUUGAAAAUUUAAAUUAUAAUGAAUUAAAUGAAGAGGAAUUAAAUAAUUAUUACCAAAACAUAAAUAAAUAUUCAUCAAUCAAUAAUAACAAAUGUCAGUUGAUCUUGAACUAUUUGAAAUUGAUGUUGUGUUGUUAUUAUAAAUAUAACUUAAAACUCAAGCAGAAAGUUCCUACAAAUUUCAUAAAAUGGAAAAGAAACAAUUCUCAUCCAUUAAUACUUAGACCAUUGUUGGGUAAUAUGAGACAUGAAUUAUAUUUAAAAAAAAUGAAACUGAUAAUUGAAAACUUAAUUGAGAAACAUAAAUUAGAAAACUCCCUCCAAGUCAAUUUUCAAAAAUUUACAAAUUUAAAAGGAGUUGUAAAGAAUCCAUUUCAAAAACUGAUAGAAAAACCAGUGUCCCAAUUUAUAUUAAAUUUGACUUCGACAAAAGGUGAGGUGUUCAAUAUGAUGCUUGAAAUUACAACAAAUGAAUUAUUCGUCAACUUGAUUAUUAAUUUAAAGAUAUUGAAAUAUGAGACUGAAACAGAUUUACAAGAGAAUCUUAAUGGGGUUAACGUUUUACAAAUUCGAUUUUAUGAUUUUAAUGAACUUGAAGAAUGUUUAGAUUGGACUAUACUUAAAUAUACUUAGUUUCUUCUAGUUACUUUAAUUAUUUCUUCUUUAUUCUAUGUAAAUGGACUUGAGUGUUGAUUGCAUCCUUGCAUCCUCACUCCUUACAGUCUUCUAUCCUCAGCAAUUCUAACCUGUUCAUCAUUAACCCUAAUAAUCUCAUCCUUGUUCUCUUCGAUAUACUUCUUCAUUUUAUAGUACUUCUCAUCUUUUAAAUUAUUAUAAAUCAAGAAAUUAAACCAAAUUUCAAUGAAUGAAAAAGUAAGAACCAUAGAAUUACUAAUCGCAGACUCGGGUUUGAAAUAUAUAAAAAUGCAAAUUAAAAAAUAGACUGAAGUACGUAGCGGUACAAGAUUUUCAAAAUAUGCGAUAUUUUCAGAAAGUAAUGGAAUGAGGUCCUGUAAUGCAAAUAACGAGAUAAUUAAUGAUGUGAAGCCAGUUAGUGAUGAUGUUGAAGAUAACUUUAAUAAUGGGACUUUCAUUGCUGAUCCUAAUAACACAACAACACCCAUUGUUGAUAAUCCUUCUGGAUCUUUAAUUAGAUAGUAUGAUAUUGUGAUUAGGCAGAUUGUACGUAUGUAUAAUAAUGAAGUUGAUGAUAAAAAUUGCAUAAUGGAUCGUAGGGUACUGAAAAAUUAUUUGUUUUUUCUUUUGGUAUAAAUUGGGACCAAUACGCGCGUAAAAUAUUUCAACUUAAUCAUCACCAUUUAUUCAUCGAAGUCACAAUAAAAUCAAUUGUACCAGAGUUAAAAAGCUUUAGUUGGAUUAUAAUAGUGUUUACAAACAUUAUUCGACUUUGAAGAUUCACUUGAAAGCGAUUUAAAGACCAAGCGCCGGUUAAUUGCAGAUUAUUAUUCCAAAUGUUUGCAAUUUCAGCAUUAACUUUAACUUUUGGUGGAAUUAUAUUCUUCUUACUGUUUUUUGUCAUUUGUUAGUAAUUACCAAGUAGAUAGACUUAUGUUAUGUAAGUUUGGUACUAAUUAUUUAGGUAUUUUAAUAAUUCCAUUUUUUUUCAUUAUGGAAAUUGUUGGAGGUUCAUUAUUUUUACUUUCAUAUACUUUAAAUGAUAUUAGAGAUUCAAAUAUGUUACAAACUGUUGUUUAUCAAUGA